UGCUGCCUUUGCCCACCCAAAAGUUAGAAAAUUUCUUUUGGGCUUCUGUUUCUUCUCUUUUUGUAACGUGUUCGAACGGUAAAACCCUGCUCUACCUUGGCUUGAACCCUAGCUGGCUAUCGCAAAUCUCUUCUCCUUUACCACAACAAUGGAGACCGAAACUUUCAUAGACUCCAUGGAUUUUAAAGUUCAAGAGUUGUUAAAGGAGGUUCGUCUCGAAUAUUCACCUUCUCUUACUAAGGUUGUCAACGACACCGUUUCCGCCAUCAAAUCCGCCAUAGAUAAAAUACCUGAAGAUCUUCAGGUUAAUGCGGAUUGGGCUCCGGGUUUUGUGAGAGAUAUUGGCGCAGACAAGGUGGAAUUUAAAUUCAAGAAGCCAAAGUCUAUUGAAAUUGGUGGUAGUUAUUCAAUAGGUUGCGUAGCAAAGCCAGAUGUUAAUGUGGAUCUUCUUCUCCGGUUACCAAAGGAGUGUUUUCAUGAGAAAGACUAUCUAAAUUAUCGAUAUCAUGCUAAAAGGUGCCUUUACCUUUGUGUUAUUAAGAAGUAUCUGAAAUCCUCUUCAUCAAUUCAGAAGGUUGAAUGGUCCGCUCUGCAAAAUGAGGCUAGAAAGCCUGUAUUGGUUGUCUAUCCAGCUGUGAAACUUGAUGAAGUACCUGGGCUUUUUAUAAGAAUAAUUCCCACCGCAACAUCCCUAUUUAAUCUUUCAAAGUUGAACUUGAAGCAGAACAAUGUACGAGCUCUGAAUACUGGGGAUGUUCCUCAGCCUACACCCAAAUAUAAUUGUAGCAUAUUGGAAGACAUGUUUCUAGAGGAGAAUUCAAAAUUUGUUAAGAAAACAUUUUCUGAAUGGGAGGAAUUGGGUGAGGCUUUAAUCUUGCUGAAGGUUUGGGCUCGGUUAAGAAGUUCGAUAUAUGUUCAUGAUUGCUUAAAUGGGUUUCUAAUCUCUGUUAUAGUGUCAUACCUUGUGGCACAGGAUAAGAUUAACCAUGAUAUGAAGGCAAUGGCCAUUUUUCGUGCCGCUUUGAAAUUUAUUGAUACUCAUCCAUUGUGGAAGCAUGGACUUUACUUUCCACCAGCAGGCGAUAAUGCUUUCUCAGAGGAGGGAAAUGAGCAGCAUAAUUCUUCAACUCGUGUUAAUUUGGCUUUCAGAAUAGCGAGUGUUGCUUAUCCUGAGCUCCAAGAUGAAGUUGCGUUGACACUUAGGUGUCUAGAAAAAUGCAGAGAUGGUGGAUUUGAGGAAAUUUUUGCAACCAAGAUUGAUAAUGCUGCUAAAUACGAUUAUUGCAUUAGAUUGAACUUGAAAGGAAAUAGUGAGGUUUAUUCUCUGGGAUUUUGCUUGGAUGAUGAAUGUUGGAGAGUGUAUGAGCAGGAUGUACAUUGUUUGCUUAAUCAAGGAUUGAGUGAUAGAGCAAAGUUUAUUCGUGUUAUUUGGAGGAACACCCAUUCAGAAUUUAAUGUUGAAAAUGGCUUAUCAGGACUUGGUAGCGAACCAUUGUUUAUUGGAAUUUCUGUUAGCUCUGUAGAGAAGGCUUUUAGAAUUGUAGAUAUUGGUCCAAAUGCUGAAAAGAAAGAUGAGGCUCUCAUGUUCCAAAAAUUUUGGGGUGAGAAGGCAGAGCUCCGGAGAUUUCAAGAUGGUAAAAUUUCAGAAAGCACAGUGUGGGAAAGUGAGCAGUGGACAAGACAUCUCAUUUUAAAAAGAAUUAUUGAGUAUUUACUUGGACGCCAUCUUUCGUUGUUGAAAAAGGAUAUUGUUCAAAUAGUGGAUCAGCUUGAUUUCUCCCUGCUUCAUGUUGGUAAAGACCCAGUAUCAUAUUCCGGAAGACUGCUUGGAACCUUUGAAGAAUUGUCCAAACGUUUACGUUCUAUUCAAGAUAUUCCCUUGAGGGUAUCUAGUGUGCAGCCUCUCGAUUCUGCUUUCAGGUUUACAUCAGUUUUCCCUCCUGAACCUCAUCCUAUGGCUACUAAAAGGGUUGAUGGUGCAAGAGUACAUAAUUUCACCCCAUUCUGCGUUCAGUCACUUGAAGUUAUGAUUCAGUUGGAAGGUUCUGGUAAUUGGCCAAUGGAUGAUGUGUCAAUUGAGAAAACUAAAUCAGUUUUCCUUCUCAAAAUUGCAGAGAGUCUCCAUAAUAACUGGGGGAUGACAUGUACCGCUACAGAGGAAGACGUGGAUGUUUUCAUGGAUGGAUAUUCAUUUCGUCUUAGAAUUUUGCAUGAGAGAGGCCUAAGUCUGGUGAAUAGAGAAAUUGGGCGUGAUCAAAUGAAGUGGGUUUCAUCUGCUGAUCGAAAGCUUUUCAUUCAUGGUCAACAUGCAAGCAUGAUUAAUGGAUUGCAGUUUUGUUACCCAAUAUUUGGGCCAGUUGUUAGGCUUGCAAAACGAUGGCUUGCUUCGCAUCUCUUUUCAGCUUGCUUGGCAGAGGAGGCUGUUGAACUAUUAGUUGCCUACCUCUUUUUGAAGCCUCUACCAUUUAAUGUUCCCUGCUCGCGGAUCACUGGAUUUUUAAGGUUCCUGCGACUACUUGCAGAACAUGAUUGGGCCUUUUCUCCAUUGGUUGUUGAUAUAAAUGGUGAUCUGAGCCAAAAUGAUGAGAAAGAGAUUGAUGAUUACUUUAUGCAAAGUAGAAAAGCUGAUGAAGAAAACACCCAAAAUAAAAGCAAGGCCAUGUUCCUGGCUACUGCUUGUGACAAGGCCUCUGAAGCUUGGACCAGCUGCUCGCCAAACCCGUUGGAGCUUAAAAGGUUGGUGGCUUAUGCUCGAAGCAGUGCAAACUUGUUGACAAAACUCAUAUUGCAAAAUCAGACUGAUUCCCAUGGAUGGGAGUGCCUUUUCAGAACGCCAUUGAACCUCUAUGAUGCUGUAAUCCUUCUCCAUGGAGACAGAUUACCUUACCCAAAGCGUCUUCUCUUUACAUCUGAACUGGACCAAGGGAGGCAUGUGGCUCAUGGCAAUCCUAGCAAUGCUUUCCACCCGUACCUAUUGCCUGCUGAUAUGAAGGGUAGCUUAGAGCAACUCAAAACCAAGCUAAUGGUAAACUUUGAUCCACUAAGGUGCUUCAUUGGGGAUGUAGAGAAAGAGUUCUCCGACGGAUUGAAGCUUUGGUAUGAUUCUUUGGGAGGUGAUGCUAUUGGUCUAACAUGGGAGCACUCGAAGAAACGUGAACGAGAGGAAUCAGAGCUGGACAGAAAAUAUCCAGUCGAUUUGUUGAGAAAUGUAGGUGAAAUGGGGAAAGGAUUUGUGAGGGAUGUUUAUUUGCUCAAGGCUCCCAGGCUUACGAAGUAAGGGAACCCAUACUUUUCUGGGAUCAUCCAUCUUCAACGUUGAAGCAAAGGCCACCCAUCUUCAGAGCUGCUGAGGUUGGAUAUGCACUAGGAACCCUUCAAAUAGAAUUGUUAUGUUGGUCAAAUAGAAUUUCAGUGGAGAGGUAUAUUUUAAAGAUGGAGUUUGAGAUUUCUUGUAAGGGGGGAUUUGCUUAAAGAAUAUGCAAAAUUUUUUAAAAAAUUUUGACAAAGUAAAAGGCAUGAGUAUUGGAUGUAACACUAACUAGCCCAGGUACUAUGUAUUUUAAAGCAGUGAUGGGGAAAUGUUAAUCAAAUUAGUAUUUGAUGUUAU